UUAUUAUUAGUCGGUUGGCUCCUCGGACGAAAGAAAGAAAAAACUUCUCAAAGGAUCAAAAACUUGAGCACCACAAAAGUUACGGAUCCUACCACAGUACAACCCAGAUUCCAUUUCCCAUUUCAUUCUUCAUAAAAAGACCUAUAAUUGUAAUUGUCUCUUUACUUUCCCCAUCCACCUUCUUUAACAAACCCCCAACUUCCAAUCUCCCACCCCAAUUCCCUCAAUUUCAUUUUCUAGAGAGAGAAAAUCAAAAAUCAAAAUGAAACCCCUGAAAUUGAUUCUGACAUUUCUACUGGUAAUCCAACAAUGCAACUCAUUCCUAAAAGUAGUCGAAGCUAAUGGAAGAAGAUCAAGACAAAGAGAUGAGUUCAUCAGAGUAAGAGGAACUCGGUUUUUGUUAAACGGCACACCUUACUAUGCAAAUGGGUUCAAUGCUUACUGGUUAAUGUACAUGGCUUCUGAUCCUUCUCAACGCUAUUUGGUCUCUAAUGUGUUCCGUCAAGCUUCUUCUCAUGGCCUUUCCGUCGCUAGAACUUGGGCUUUUAAUGAUGCAGGUGACCGUGCUCUUCAAGUUUCACCUGGAUCGUACAAUGAACAUGUUUUCCAGGGGCUGGAUUUUGUGAUAGCUGAGGCAAGAAAACAUGGGAUAAAGCUGAUACUAAGCUUUGCAAAUAACUACGAAAGCAUGGGAGGGAAGAAACAAUAUGUGAAUUGGGCUAGGAAUCAAGGACAAUAUCUUUCUUCUGAGGAUGAUUUCUUCACCAAUUCUGUUGUUAAAGGUUUCUACAAGAAUCACAUCAAGACUGUUCUUAACAGACAUAACACGGUAAAUGGAGUGUUGUACAAGAAUGACCCCACAAUUAUGGCUUGGGAGCUUAUGAAUGAACCAAGGUGUACAUCAGAUCCUUCUGGAAGAAACAUUCAGGCAUGGAUCACCGAGAUGGCUGCUCAUGUUAAGUCGAUAGACAGAAACCACUUGCUUGAAGCUGGUUUAGAAGGAUUUUACGGAUCUUCUCAUCCUGAAAAAUUGCAUUUUAAUCCAAACUUUAACAUUGGGACGGAUUUCAUUGCCAACAACCAAGUUCCCGGGAUUGAUUUUGCAACAGUCCACGCAUACCCUGAUCAAUGGUUGUCCAACAUGAAUGAUCAAUCUGAGCUCGACUUUGUGAACAAGUGGCUAACAUCCCACAUUGACGAUGCACAAAACAUUCUCAGAAAGCCAUUGCUUCUAGCAGAGUUCGGGAAAUCAGACAAGGAUUCAGGGUUCAGCACUUACCAGAGGGACCGGUUAUUUGCGAGUGUUUACAGCAAGUUGUACUCGUCAGCUAAGCGAGGUGGUGCAGCUGCUGGUGGUUUGUUCUGGCAGCUGUUAACCGAAGGGAUUGAGUCGUAUGGAGAUGGUUACACCAUUGUUCUUAGUAAAGAUCCUUCGACUGCUAACAUUAUUGCACAGCAAUCGAGGAAGUUGUUUCUAAUCAGGAAGAUUUUCGCAAGAAUGAGGAAUGUUCAGUUGUGGAAACGGGCAAGGGAGAUAAGGAACAAAUUGCAUUAAAUUAGGGCAUGUUCGGUAUCGUUUCUUGUUUCUAGUAUUCUGGUUUUUACAAAAUUAAAACCAAAAAAAGUAGGGUCUGUUCGGUAUCCUCUCUUAGAGAUGAAUUUUGGUUCGUCCAAGGGGGUGAUGCUAUUUACAUGUAAUUCCUAGAAUAACUAUAUGUAGUUUGAGUGUUUGUUGUGAAGUUUGUAAUUCUGUGUUCUGUUGUUACAAAGGGAUUGAAGGGUGGUUGUUAUUAUGUCA